AUGAACAACUCGCCACAGGCUCAAGAAGGGAGCUGGUUUUUUAUAUUGGAUGCCCCUGUCGCUGUCCGUUGCCUGCAACCCGUUUUUAGGCCCGGUAGAGAUGAUGUGUCUUCGAUGCCCGUCGUUUUGCUCUCUGACCAAAAAACGGGGAGACUGCGAGCGUUUGACUCAAAACUACAGUUUCCCUGUAGUGAACCGAUGCCAACUCCUGCGGAGAUUACCUCGCCACCCUUUUCAUCGGCCGCUUUUGAACAGGAACCUGCUAUCAAUAGGGUUCUCUCCCUCUGUGUAGUCGAAGCGAACGCAGUUUGGGCGGGAUGGUCAUCGGGACACAUUGCAGUCUAUCGCAUGCACCUUGAGGAUGCUUCAAAGGCCUCAACUAACGCAUUCACACCGACCACAAGAGAAAUGAGGACUUGUGAUAGACAGUGGGAGGUGGUGAGCCUUCUUCACGAGCACCGUGCGGCCGUCCACCUUCUUGCUACAGGACCGUCUCCAUGGGUUUUCAGCGCGAGUCACGAUAUGCGACUGAUUCAGUGGCAUGCGAAGACACUGGAACCUAUUCGAGACCUGACGAGGGUUUGUCGUGUCCAAGAACAGUACAGACCUUCGCCCAUCAAAAUGAUCUGCAUGGCAAUGGGCUGUUCCUGCACGACAAGCCUCUCGCGGCCACAGGGUCACUUUGUGCUGUUCUUUUCCACUGACCAGAAGACCUUGUAUGGUGUCUCGCUAGGCGGUCCGCAGAGAGCGAAUAAGAUAAUCUCCGACCGCGAUCUUUCGAUCCAACGCAUUACUUCAUCUCGUCCUGCAGUGACGAGUGCCGCUGUACUCGUUGGAGAUGGCGAGGAUGAUGCGGCAGCGGUGAUAUGUUUGGGCGACGAUGAGGGAAACAUUUCCUUCACUCCUCUGACAGUGGUUUACAACACGCGUUCCGAGAAAAUGUCACGUUCCGCGUCAUCAGCACCAUUGCCAUCAUUGACCUCAAACUCCUCAAUCCUCUCCGAUGCGGAGUAUAUGCGAGCGGUGUGUGAUGCCACACUCACGGCAGGCACGCUGCACAUAAACAGAGGUCGGGUCACUGCAUUGUCCGUACUAUCAGCGCAGGCUGAUAGAGCGACAGGAAAUAUCCGCUACUGCCUUACCGCCGCCUCGUCCAAGAACACUAUUACGCUUUUCGCGGUCGAUGUCUCUCCUGUAUUUUUGGGGGGUCACGUGACUAAAUGUACACUCCUCAGCGCUAUUCCGACAGAGAGCCCUGUCACAAGUGUGGUGCCACUAUUUCCUCCAGUGCGUCAGAGCGCUGUUGCCGUCGCCUUCUCUGUCUUCUCCGACGGAUCGGUGGCGGCCCUAUUUCAAUUCCAAAACACAGUAACGAAGCAUGGGACCGACAAUCACACGGUAGCAACAGCGGCGUUUGAUCAGAAAUUUAUUCGCUCCGCAUCAACGAAGGCGCAGCCGCAACCGCAAAGUGAGUCUCUGGGAGGGGCUCUGCAGGAACAACUGCGUGUCGUUUUAGACGUCGUCUCGGAAACGGGUGUUGUGGUUGAAGAAGCAAAUCGAACUCUGGAGGAACAACGACACGAGUUGCGACACAUCCGGGCCGCGAAAGACACUCUUUCAGAUCAGGUCACGAAGCUUUUAGAGGCGCUGAACCAAAAGAGCGCGGAGGUGGUGACGCUCAAGCAGCAACUUCUCCACAUGCAAGAGAGAGGGAUGACCGCGGUGGCAAGUGCUAGUGAUCUCCUGCAGGAUUCGGGGUGCUGUCAUCAAAAUCGUGAGGACCAACGAGAAGCCCAUUGGAGGCAAAAGGAAGAAAAAGAAAAAGAGGGAAAACACGAUCAGCAGUUGGGGAUAGAGACGGAGCGUGACCUCAUUCAAAGCGUAUUGCAUGAUACUGAGGCUCGUUUUGAAUCCAAGCUGGACACGUUGCGGCGUGAGAACCGUUUUCUUAGUGAAAGCCUUGAGCAGCUCAAGCAAGAGCUGCAUAAGACACGGGAAAAAGAGGAUGCCCACAGUGUCCACAACACAAGUGAUGUGCUGCGAGACAAUAAGGCGGUUCAUGUAGGAGAAAAUGAGUCGUCGUUGCGUCGAUUGUUGGAGCAGGCAUUGGGUGCGCUAGAUGCCUGA